CACGUGUCAUCCCUCCCACUGGGUCCCACCUCCCUCCGUUGCUCACCAAAGUCCAACUAUAAGCACAAAGCAAACCCCUCUCUCCUCUCUCCUUCCCUCUCUUCGCCGUCGCUCACCGGCAAUUUAAAUUAUUUAUUAAUUUAAAUUUAGAGAAAAAAAAUAAUAAUCUUUCGAGAAUUUCCGAGAAUCCGUUACGGACAAGACGUUCCAGCUGCAGAUCGGCUUACAGGAGCUUUUCUCUGACUGAACGAGCAUUGCUGACCGUCUGAUCUUCCUCCUGAUUUCCGGCGAUUCGAACCCAAAAAGGGUGCAUUGCGUGGAUGCGCGUAAGUGAUCAGAGACGAGAAUGUCGGGCCCGCUGGAUCGGUUCGCCAGGCCUUGUUUUGAAGGGUUUUAUGGUAGUGAUGAGAGGAGGGAGAGGAAGUCUGAUUUUGAGAAUUCAGAGGAUGAGCGGAGGACUAGAAUUGGGACUCUAAAGAAGAAGGCGCUAAAUGCAUCUACCAAAUUUAAACAUUCUCUCAAGAAAAAGGGUGGUAGGAGAAAGAGUGAUGGCCGAGUCAGCUCUGUUUCCAUUGAAGACGUUCGUGAUAUUGAAGAGCUGCAGGCUGUUGAUGCAUUUCGACAAGCACUGAUUUUGGAUGAAUUGCUCCCAGAAAAGCAUGACGAUUAUCAUAUGAUGUUGAGGUUUUUGAAGGCAAGGAAGUUUGAUCUUGAAAAAGCCAAGCAUAUGUGGGCUGAUAUGCUUCAAUGGAGGAAGGACUAUAGUGCUGACACUAUCAUGGAGGAUUUUGAGUUCAAAGAGUUGAAUGAAGUUCUAAAGCACUACCCUCAUGGGCAUCAUGGUGUGGAUAAGGAGGGAAGGCCCGUUUACAUUGAAAGAUUGGGUAAAGUAGAUCCCAAUAAAGUAAUGCAGGUUACGACUAUGGAUCGGUAUGUGAAAUACCAUGUUCAGGAGUUCGAGAAAAACUUUGCAAUAAAGUUUCCAGCUUGCACCAUUGCUGCAAAGAGGCACAUAGAUUCAAGCACUACAAUUUUAGAUGUCCAAGGCGUGGGCUUCAAGAAUUUUACGAAGUCUGCACGAGAUUUAAUUACACGGUUGCAGAACAUUGAUAAUAACAAUUACCCUGAGACCCUGUGUCAAAUGUUUAUCAUUAAUGCUGGUCCCGGAUUUAGGCUGCUGUGGAACACUGUAAAGACUUUUCUCGAUCCUAGAACAACAUCAAAGAUUCAUGUUCUUGGAAACAAAUAUCAGAACAAAUUGCUUGAGGUAAUCGAUGCCAGUGAGUUGCCAGAUUUUCUGGGUGGUAACUGUACCUGUGCAGAUCAGGGAGGUUGCCUUCGAUCUGAUAAGGGGCCAUGGAAAAACCCUGAGAUAUUGAAGAUGGUUCUAAAUGGUGAAGCACGACGUGCAAGGCAAGUUGUUAAAGUCCUAAACAGUGAAGGGAAGGUUCUUGCUUAUGCUAAGCCACAAUGUCCAAUGCAGGUAAAGGGAAGUGAUACAUCCACUGCUGAGUCAGGAUCUGAAGCAGAAGAUAUUGCGCCCCCAAAAGCUUUGAAGAAUUAUUCACAUCUUCAAUUGACUCCUGUUCGCGAAGAGGUUAAGGCCGUUGGCAAGGCAAACAGUGCAGGUAAUUUCUCUGGUUAUGAUGAAUAUGUUCCUAUGGUUGACAAAGCUGUUGAUGCUAAUUGGAAAAAGCAAGUGGUUCUCCAGAGAACUCAUUCUUCCAAAGGGACACUUCCAGUACCUGACUCCCCUAAGAAUCCAGAAGGAAUCCAAGGUCGGAUUUUGGUUGCACUUAUGGCCUUCUUCCUGACUUGUCUCACUCUCUUCCGCUCAGUGGCUUCCCAAGUAACUAGGAAGCUUCCUGAUGCAUUGGUUAAUCACAAUCAAAAUAUUCCGGAAAGCACUUUUGAUGAAGCAAACAAGGAAGAGGGUCGUCCUCCUUCACCAACAACAUCAAUUACUGGGACUGAUCUUCUACCCUCUGUACUGAAAAAGCUGGUGGAGCUUGAGGAGAAGGUUGACAUGCUCCAAGCUAAGCCAUCUGAGAUGCCUUAUGAUAAAGCGGAAUUGCUGAAUGCUGCUGUUUGCCGGGUAGAUGCCUUGGAAGCAGAGUUAAUUGCCACUAAAAAGGCUCUGCACGAGGCUUUGAUGAGGCAAGAAGAGCUUCUGGCUUAUAUUGACAGGCAAGAAGACGCCAAGCUCCGGAAAAAGAAGUUUUUUUGCUGGUAGAGGUGGUGGUUGCUGUUGAAGAGAGACUACCGAAGAAAGGGAUUUGCUACGCUGUUUCUCAAACACGUAAGAUCCCUACAUGAGUGUUUGACUAGACAAUACCGACCUUUGAUCUCAUAGACAACUAUAUCAUCUGAAAUGAUGCCCAUUCUGUCUACUGAGAACGAUACGGAACUGACCGUCGAGUUUUAUUUUCUUGAACGAAGGUUGUGUAGUUUGAAUUGCUUAAUCCUAUACCCUUUUUUAAAUGUUGAAAGAGCAACAAACCAGAGAUUUGAUUAUAAUUAUGGCUUAUGUGGUGCAUUUUAUCAACUAUAAAUUAGAUAUAUAAGGCGUAUGACUGAACAAUUCUUACUUA